AGGGGGCGUGGCGUGGCGUGGCGUGGCGACGGGGGUAACGCGAGGGACACGCAGCGCAGCCGGUACUCCGCCUGGGGAUAGAGUGGAGCGGUGUUGUUGGCGCGCUCUCCACGCAGACCCGGGGAAAUGCGCAACGCUCCAGCAAAGGCUCGCAGACCCGGCGGGCGGGUAGCGUGCUAUUCCGUGAAGUCCGAGACUGAGGCACUUAGGACUCGUCUGGGAUUGACCGAGAAGUUUCUUCAGACAUCGCUUCCUCUGAGAAGCCCGCCCCUUAGACAAGGCGACCGCUCCCUUCCCCAGAAUUGCCUCUGUCCCUGCAGGGUUCACUGUGUUUUGGAACCUCCCGGUGGCGCACCUGCAGCCCCCACUGCUCCUUGGGCCCGGGAGUGCCCUCCUGGUCCCCAGCGCGCGGGCCAGCUGGCGUUCUUUAAAUAUUUGUCCAAUGAUUAAUGCCUGAACUCGAUUUUGGCGGGAGAUGGGUAAAAGGAAAGACCUGAGGUGGGGUUGAGAGUGUUCUUAAGAGGAGUGCCACGGGCAGGUGUGCAUUCAAAAGGCAGACCAUUGCCGAUCAGGGAGGGGGUCCUCAGAGACCCCCAGAACUGGGACAAUAAGGGGAUGAAGGCAGAGCCAGGAAAUCGAUCCCAGAAAGCAAGGAGUUUUUGGAGAGAAGGGCAGUCACUCUUCCCUGCCUUUACUUAGUUGGUUCCCUUCGCUCUGAACGAAGGUCAUUUCCAUUUCUCUGUCUGUGGGAAUCCUGACCAGUGCACCUCUUCAAGGAAGCUCUCCUGGUUCCCUAAUCACUGUUCCGUUUGCUCUCUCUCUCGACCCCCUGGACACACUUGUCGGGCCCAUGGCUGUAAGGACAGUGAACUCAGGUUUGAGGUGAGGGUUCUUGGUAUUGUGCAGAAGCCCAGAAGAACCUGGGGAGAGGGGAAGCUGCUGUGCUAGCCCCUGCCUGCCACUGGCCUUGGCCUGUUCAGUCUGUCUCUCCUGCCAAACUCACCACUCCCUGCCCAGUCCAAUCUCUGGACCUGGGCAAGGCAUUCCCUGAAUGACUGCUGGAUGGGUUCCUGUGCAGCCACUUGGUGAAAAGCAGAGUGCCCAACGGUAGGGCAAAAAAGAAAAAGACCUGUAAGUUCACCAUGCAGCUGGAUGGACUUCGAGUGCCACUGAGCGCCUCCUCAGACUUCUGCUUCUCUUCAUCCCGGGCUAUAUGGUGAGGCUCCCAAGCAGGGUGACAGGAACCCAGGCUCAGAUCUGUCCAAUUCUGCAGCGGCAGAACUUGAGCCUGCAGGAGGAAAGGCACCGAGGAGCUGGGAGCCAGUGGAGACAACACCGGAGGAACUGGGAGCCUGACUGGACACCUCUCUGCACCCUGAGGCUCCCAGAGGGUUGGGACUGCCCGAAGCCACGCGACACAGCAGGGCUCCCUGAGGUCGAGAGAGUAAUAUAAUAAACGCAAUAAUCUACCUUCAGCAUUAUCAAAACCUGGGCAGCUUUGUUUUAUCUGGAUUAUCACCUCUCCUCUCCCCAUUAUUGGAAGCAAAUCCCAGAAUUAUAUCACUUGCCAGUACUCUACCAGCCCCAUCCAGACCACACACACAGGACAGCUUCCGGGAGCCUCACCCGUGUGAAGAACGCUACUGUGGUGGUCCACACCUCCCUGGGAAUUCCCUUUGCCAAGCCACCUCUAGGGCCCCCAGAAUCUUGGAGUGGUGUAAAGGAUGGAACCUCCCACCCAGACAAGUAUCUCCAGGACGUCACUGGCAUGGAUGCAGUGUCUCAGAAACUAAUGAAUAGGACCCUGCCUUCCACCUCCAUGUCUGAAGACUGCUGCACCUCAACAUCUACACACUGCCCAUACCCACAAGGCUUCCGGCCUGCCUGGGAUUGCCAGACCAUAGCUGGCUGAGGGGUGGUGGUGUGGAUCCGUGGUGGCGGACUUGUGAUUGGCAUGGCUUCCAAGUGUGAUGGUUCUGGACUGGCGGCCUUGGAGGACGUGAUGGUGGUUGUUAUCCGGUACCGCCUGGGUGUGCUGGGCUUCUUCAGGUGAGACCUGGGAUGGGCUGAGCAACGUGGGCUGAAGGAGCCAGGACGGUCCCAUGACCCCCAUCCCUGCCACCUCUCAGCACUGGCGAUAAGCAUGCAACUGGCAACUGAGGCUACCUGGAUCAAGUGGCUGCGCUACGCUGGGUCCAGCAGAAUAUCGCCUACUUUGGAGGCGACCCCGGCCCUGUCGCCAUCUUUGGCCAGUCUGUGGGUGGCCUAAAUGUGUCAUCACAUGUUGUGUCCCCCAUAGCCCAAGGCUUCUUCCAGGGUGCCGUCACAGAGAGCGGUAUGGCUGUGGUGCCUGGCUUCGUCUCCAGCUCACCUGGCGUGAUCUCCAUAGUGAGCACCCUUGACUGUGGGAAGCCCAGACCUGCUGUCCCAUCUCUUGCCUCUCAGCCUCCAUUACUCUGUCUGUUAAAUGGGGAUAACAGGGACUCCCCUGCCAUCCUUUCCCACCUUGGGAACGGCUGCCUAUCAGGAUUGUUCAGGGGUCAGAAUUCGCAGACCUGUGCCAGUGCGGAAGCCAGGUGUAUUCUGUGGCCCACAACACUGCCAGGUGUAUUCUGGGGCCCCCCUCCAUGGGAAGGACCAUCUAGGCAGGUGAGAUGGCCUCCUUGACAGGGACCUCUGACCAUCAGGGAAGUUGGAACAAUUUCAGAACAGCAAGAAUCCAUUAUGAUACUCUGAGAUUUGGGGUAUACCUACCUCCAGCAGGGCAUUGGGCACACCCCUUCCCUCUUCCUGGAAGGAUGAGCCAGCCCCUGCCUGGUCUCUUGACAGAUAGUGGCUAACCUGUUUGCCUGUGGCCAGGUUGACUCAGAGGCCCCGGUGGACUGCCUGCGGGGCAAGAGUGAAGAGGAGAUUCUGGUCAUCACCAAGGUUGUGAAUGGACAUGGGUGUGGAGGAGGGGGACCAGUAGGUAUGGGGCAGGCAAGCCUGGAGCCCCUCAUGCUCCCCAGACAAGUUACUCUGUGGCUGCACCUUGGUGUCUUCACUUCCUGGAUGGGAAAUCGAGGCCAGGCCGUGCUCAGGCAGGUGUGGGUCCUCCUGGGGUGGGUAUAAGCAUCCUGGGGCAAGCCAGGAAGGGAUGGAAGAUGUCUGUGGUAUCAGAAAAUGUCUGUAACCUGACCUUGAGUGUCCCUUAGCCCUUCAAGAUCAUCUCCAGCCUAGUGCAUAGGCUCUUCCUGCCCAGGCACCCCCAGGAGCUGGUGGCCUCUGAAGACUUUCACCCCAUCCCCAGCAUCAUUGGUAUCACCACUGAGGAGUACUGUUGGAUCAUCCCCUCCGUGGGGCCCACUCCCAAACCUCCAGGCGCUAGGGAGCCCAUCGGGAGGGGUGGGGGGGUGGGGGGUUUCAUGGCUCCAGGCCCAUCCUACCUCCAGCCCGAUUCUCCCUCACUACCCAGAGCGUGAGCAAUUCAGACACCCAGGCAGGUUGGACAGAGACCGUGAAGGAUGUUUUGCAGGAAACAUCGGCAUUGAUGGUUCCUGGGCCCCUGUCUACUUCUGUGAGUUCCAGCAUCAGCCCAGCUUCUUCAAGGACAUCAAGCUGAGCUACCUGAGGUCAGACCAUGGGGAAGAGGUGCCCUUUGUCUUUGGAGCCUCCAUCUGGGACAGCCACAGGCUCAGGCGCUUCCUGGCAAGCAGGACCAGAUACCAGCCCAACCCUAGGCCUGUUGGCUCACGCGGAGCAGGAAUGGCACUGGAGUCAUGGCCCUCGGGGCGAGAGGCCACUCAACCUGAAGUCGACACCACCCUGGGCCGCGUGCGAGGCCGGCAGGUGGGCGUGAAGGGCACUGACCGCCUUGUGAAUGUCUUCCUGGGCAUCCCGUUUGCUCAGCCACCCCUGGGGCCUGGCCGGUUCUCAGCCCCACGCCCAGCACAGUCCUGGGAGGGUGUGCGGGAUGCCAGCACGGCCCCUGCAAUGUGCCCGCAGGAUCUGGAGAGGAUGAACAAUGCCAGAUUUGUGCUGGACGGAAAGCACCAGACCUUCCCGGUUUCAGAGGACUGCCUGGUCCUCAACAUCUACAGCCCAGCCGAGGCCACGACGGGGGCCGGGAGGCCGGUCAUGGUGUGGUUCCAUGGGGGCUCUUUGGUGGUUGGUGCCGCCACCUCCCACGACGGAUCUGCCCUGGCCGCCUACGGGGAUGUGGUAGUGGUGACAGUCCAGUACCGCCUGGGGCUCCUUGGCUUCUUCAGCACUGGGGACAAGCACGCGCCUGGCAACUGGGGCUUCCUUGAUGCGGUGGCUGCUCUGCGCUGGGUGCAAGAGAACAUCAGCCCCUUUGGGGGUGACUUCAACUCUGUCACCGUCUUUGGUAGCUCUGCUGGUGCCAGCAUCGUCUCUGCCCUGGUCCUGUCCCCGUUGGCUGCAGGGCUGUUCCAUAGAGCUAUAGCAGAGAGUGGAGUCAUCACCCUUCCGGGGUUGCUGGAUUCUAACCCCUGGCCCCUGGCUCAGAGCUUCGCGGACUCCCUGGCCUGCCCUUCCACCUCCUCGGCUGAGAUGUUGCAGUGCCUUCGGCAGAAGGCAGUCGAGGAGAUACUCCUUGUCAAGAAGUUGAAAACUAUAGCUUCCUACACCGUCGAUGGGGCCUUCUUUCCCAAGACCCCCAAGGAGCUCCUGAGGGAGAAGCAGUUCCACUCUGUGCCCUUCCUCCUGGGUGUCAACAAUCACGAGUUCGGCUGGCUCAUCCCCAGGGGCUGGGGUAUCCUGGAUCAGAUGGAUCAGAUAAAUCUGGAGGACAUGCUGGCCCCCCUGAAGCCCUUCGUGGGUGGACUGGAUGCGCCUGCUGAGGUGAUUCCCACCAUCAUAGAUGAAUACCUGGGCAGCCGCUCAGAUGGACAAGCCAAACGAGAAGCCUUCCAGGAAUUGAUGGGUGAUGUCAUCAUGCACUUUCCUGUGUUGGAGUUUUCUAGAAACCUCCAUGCUGCUGGGGCCUCCGUCUUUUUCUACGAGUUCCAGCAUCGACCCAGUUCCUUUGCGAAGAUCAAGCCGGCCUGGGUGCAGGCUGACCAUGGGGCUGAGAUGCCCUUCGUGUUUGGGGGUCCUUUCCUCACGGACGAGAGCUCCAUGCUGGCCUUUCCAGAUGCCACAGAGGAGGAGAAGAAGCUAAGCCUCACCAUGAUGGCCCAGUGGACCCACUUUGCCCGGACAGGGGACCCCAAUGGCAAGGGGCUACCUUUUUGGCCGCCGUUCAACCAUUCGGAGCAAUAUCUGGAAAUCAGCCCGGUGCCACAAGUCAGCCAGAAGCUGAGGAAGGCCCGAAUGCAGUUCUGGGCAGAUACACUUCCCACCAAGAUCCGACAGUGGCAGCAGAAGCAGAAGGGCAGGAAGGCCCAGGAGGAGCUCUGAGGCAGGGCCUGGACCUUCUGGGCUGGAGGCCAACCCUAGGGGUGGUCAGGUCCCAGCAGGGCAGCCUCCUGGCCCCCUGCUAAGAGACUGUAACCCAAACCAGGCUGAUGGAUGGUCACGUCCCUUAAAGCAGCAGCCCUUCCGGGACUCCUGCUUCCUGUCUAGGGGGCCUUUGCACAGACUUCUCCCUCUUUCCCCCUCCUUCAUGGCAGUUGUUGCUCAUACCUCAAGCUCUCCAGGGGACCCUCCUCCUCCAGGAGGUCUUCCCUGCCUUCUCUGGGCCUGGCCCAUCUGUGUCCAUUACAGCAUAGCCCACUCAAGGCUA